AUGCGUGCACCACGGCUACAUCUCCACCUCGCUUUUUUUGGCGCGCUCCUCCGCCUGCGCGCCGCCUCCGCCGUCCUCGUAAACGUCACCGUCGACGACACCUUUGGCGACCCGCUCACUGGCGCUCAGUUCGAGUACGGCCCCGAGGACGCAUGGAGCGCCGGCCAGAACUGCAGCGAUUGCCUUGCGCAUCCGGACGCGUACGAUGCGUUCCUCGGCUCCUGGCACGACGGGACGUUCCUCCCCACCUCACUCGGCGGGACUGGCGUGCCUCUGACGGCAUCUGUGGAGUUUAAUGGCUCAGCGCUGUACGUCUUCUGUAUCGUCCCUCAGUCCGCAAUGGACUUCGAUGGGAAUACGCUCGUAUCGUUCCUCAUCGACGACGAGCCCUUGGGCAAGUUCGUCAAUUACCCGCCGAGCAUGAGUGAUGCGUUCGACUACAGCGUCCCUGUGUACGCCAAUGACUCGAUUGUGCCCGGCCUGCAUACUUUCACGCUUGUGAACGGAUAUGCGGACGCAUCAACACAGUCGCUCGCACUCCUCGACUACAUCGUCUACACACGGGACGACGGCACCAACGAUACUAAAGAUUCGGCCUCCCAAACUUCGUCAUCCCCAAGUGCGCCCUCCACUAGUGGACCCACCAUCUCUGCAAGCAUCUUCAGCUCGCCCACCGCGCACACAUCCACGUCCACGCUCUCCCCGCACACGCGCGUGGUCGCGAUCCUCGUCUCGACCAUCGGCGGGGCGUUCUUCAUCGCGCUCCUCGCCGCGCUGGUGCUUUUCCUGCGCCGGCGGCACGCGUAUGCCGUCUGCGCGCGCGACGAUGCAGACCGCGCACCACCCCCGCCACCGAUCGACGAGGACCCGGCCUUGAGCGGGUGGGCGGUCGGCACGUGGGCCAGGGACAGCAGCGUCGCGUCCGUGCACUCGCAGCGCGCGUGGCCCUGGCAGCGGUUCUUCGGCGGGAGGACUGCAGCUGAGAGUGCUGGGACUGGGAGUGGGAGUGGGAGGGGAGAGCACGAGGUGGAGCUGCCCGCGGCGCGGGGCACGACGGAGGGCGGGUCGUUCAUCCUGCCGCUGAGGCGCACUGCCGCGUACUCGUCGCCCGCGGUGUCUGCGUCGCUCAUGCUUUCGGUCCAGCCCUCGAUGUACCCCGUGCAGUCGACACCGGGCGCUGGACCGUCAAAACCAAAACCUCGUCCACGCUCGCUCGACGCGCGACCGCCGCAGCUGGAGCGGAUCCUGAGGCACUCACCGCUGCGGUUGCACAUCCCAACCGCAGGCGGAAGCAUCUUCAUCGAAAGUGAGCUGCUCUCGCCCCAGUCCGAGGCCGUGAUCUGCGCACGCGCACACCCGCCAGAAGGGAUGGCCCACACAGAUAAUUCAAACAACGCGGUGCACUCUCCGGGAGAUGUGGCGCGGUCACCUCUGGGGACGGUCCACUCCCUCGUGGACACGGUGCAGUCCCCGCAGACGGUGUACCUCCCCGCGCGCGCGGACAGCGUGAAGACGAUCCUGAGCCUGGCAGGUGCGAGGCAGAAGCCGCCCCAGCCAGCCGUACCGCCGCUCCCACCACUGCUCGAGGGGUGGGUGGGCGGCAUCAACAUGGAGGCUGCGGUGGUACGAAGAAGAGAGCGUGUGCGGGAGGACCGAGAGACAACGGAAAAAAUGCGAUGUCGACGGAUGGCGCGGUUCUUUACCAUCGGGGCGGAGUGUCAUAAGGGUGGUGCGACGUAG